AUGUCUCACUCCAAUUUAAACAUCUUCCCCUUUGAAUCUGUUGACCUUACACAGCUCUUCAAUUCAUCACCGGCACCAGUCAGUGACUCCUUGGCGAUUUCACUUCAAGCAUGUCCUUCCAAUCAUUCUUGCGAUGCUCUGACUGAGGUUGCAGAGGCACAUCAGAUCUAUAUAGCCUCUAAUAAAGGCAAAAAAAUUACUUUACAACACUGUUGGGAAGUUUUGAGAUUGCAUCAAAAGUGGGAAAAUAAUAUGGAUGAUUUGAAACAAGACAACAAAGGUGUGACUACUCAAACCAAGCAAAAGCACAGCAAAACAAGCAUUGACAUUUGCUCUGAUACAAACAUCCUUCCAUCCUCCAAUGUUUUGGCCCCUCCCCUUGGCUCUGCGGGUGAUAAAUUUCAACCUCGCCCAAAAGGCUGUCGUAAAGCCAAACUGGAGCAGCUUGAGUCGUCAACCUCUGCAAAAUCGACUGUCAAGGAUGUACAAUUACACACAGCAACUAAUGAAGCCAAAAGAUUUAUUAGUGAACUCAUAGCUGCUUUGCACAAAAAGGCAAAUGCUGUCAACACAGCCUUGGUUUCAGCUCAAAAGAUCAACAAAGAUCAAAUCAUGUUAAUGGAUCCCUCCGGUAUGACAAGACCACAACGUGCUUACAUAGAAGAACACCAAGCCCAGAUCUUUGCGGCUCGGCAAGCUAACAAGGUGAUUGUUUCACUAGAUUGCAUGAAUCCACUGAAACAAGGGCUGACAACACUGUCCUCUUUGUUGACUCUGUAUAUCAAUUAA